AUGCACGCCGUUGCCUUGGAUCCGAUCGUCCUCGCUAACCUGCGAGACAAGACGGCAGUGGUUACCGGGGCAGGAGGAGGAAUUGGAGCCGAUAUUGUUAAGGCACUGGUUGCAAAUGGAUGUAAUGUGGUACUUACAGACCUGGAACGUUCCCGUUCUGCUGUGGAACUCUUGAUUGCCUCUUUACGCGACCCCUCGGUCGCGUUAUUUAUCCCUGCCAAUACGUUAGAUUGGGAUCAGAUGAAAGCGCUUUUCAAAAAAGCCAAGGAGCAUUUUGGUCAAAUACAAGUCGUCAUUGCCAAUGCGGGCGUCAUGGAGAGUGAGCAGGUCCUCGAUAUGGACAAAUUUGACAGCAAUGGCGAUCUCGUUGAGUCAAGCGAAUACUUCAAAGUCUUGGACAUCAAUGUGAAGGGAACUAUGAACAGUCAGUCAUCCAUAAAAUGUGGUAUCUAUAUACUGACUAUUUCCCGUGAAGCACUUCGACAGGGACUGUUCUACAUGAAAGAUAAUGAUGCCUGCUUUCCCGAUGGGUCCCUCGGGUCUAUUGUAAUGACCAUUUCAACAUCCGGAUACUUUGGUGCAACUGGCAAUGCUGGUUAUAUCUCGUCAAAACAUGCCCUUACAGGCCUGCUCCGAUCAUCGCAAUCAGUCGCGAACAAACACAACAUCAGAAUCAAUGCUGUAUCUCCGUUCUGCACAGUCACAAGCAUGAUGGAACAAUUUAGGGAUUCAUGGGUUGCCGCUGGCCUGCCAUUAAACACGCCUAACAUGGUAGCUGAUGCUAUCAUACAUAUGGCGGCUGAUCCCUCACAGAGAGGAUCAAACUAUUUGGUUGGUUACCAUGAACUUCCCCUUGAGAUGACCAAGUCCCCAAAUUCGUAUUUGCUACUUGCAGCAGCAGGAGCGAUACUGCGAGAACUUGAAGGGCCUUUGAAGGGGCUAUAUCCAGAGUGGCUCGGACAGGACCUGGCUGAUGUAAUGAAAAAGGCAGGCGAAUUCUUCCUCGGCAUAGGUGGCUUCCCAUUACCAAAUUUGCCUGCCAUC